AUGGCCAGUACCAAGGCUGACGCUGACGCCCCUAAGGUCGGUGCCGUCAAGAAGUGGGAUGGCAACGCCGAACGAGAUCUCUGUCUUGCCAUCGCCAUGGGUGGUGCCGCCGAGGGUGACAAGCUCAAGGUCGAUUGGGCCGUUACCCACGGCGUCAUGACUUCUCUCGGGUACGAAUUCACCAAGGAUGCCAUGAGCCAGCGAUGGAGCAAGACCAUCCAGAAAGACUUCUUAGGCCGCCGCAACGGCACCGUCACACCCGCCCCCAUCACGCCAAAGAAGACUCCGACCAAGCGCAAGAAGGCCACCGAGGCCGCUGGCGAGGAGGCCCCAACUGAAGAGGCCCCGACCGAGGAGGCCGCCGCAAGUCCGCCGGCCACCCCGACUGCCACCAAGGGCCGCAAGCGCGCCCCAGCCAAGCCCAAGGCCGCCGGCCCAGCCAAGCCUCGCGGCCGCAAGCCCAAGGCUACGACUCCUGUCAAAGCCGAAGCGGAGGAAGAGGCAGCCGACGAGCCCGCUCCUGAAGUCAAGUCCGAAGGCACCGAAGAGGUUGACGAGAAUCAGCCUAGCCCUGCCAAAAAGGUCAAGGCCGAGUCCAACGACGGGGACACAGAGAUGGCUGGCGGGGCUUAG